CCCCUUCCUCAUCUCCGCCGCCCCACCACCGGCUUCCCGCGCCACAAGCUUUGCCGCCACCUCCUCCUCGCGACACCGCUCGCCGUCGGUGGCCGCACCGUUAUGCCAUGGCCGCCACCACCACCAUCCUCUCCUCCGCCGCGCCCACGCCGCUGACCGCCCCGCCUCGCGCCCGCGCGCGCGCUCCCGCCGCCCGGAGGCGGCGGCUAAGAGCCCGUGACAUCCUCGGCGCCGCGCUCGGCCUCGCCAAUGGCGGCGCCAGCGCCGCGCUCGCCGCGCCGCUGUCCUACGAGGAGACGCUGCGUCUCUCGACGGACUCCGGCGGCGGCGGAGGCGGAGGCGGAGGCGGGGAGUUCGCGCUCCCGGACCUCGGCCUCGGCGGGGUGCUCGACUUCGUGGCGCAGAACCCGCUGGCGGCGGCGGCGGGGGUCGCCGCGGUGGCGCUGCCGCUGGUGCUCGCGCAGGUGCUGGGCGGGGCGUCGAAGCCGUACGGCGUGGUGUCGGCGGCCGCCGCGUACCGGGCGCUGGUGGAGGAGCCCGGCGCGCAGCUGGUGGACAUCAGGCCGCCCGGCGACGCCCGGCAGAGCGGCGCGCCCGACCUCCGCGAGGCCAAGAAGAAGGCGGCCGCCGUGCCCUACGACGGGGAGGACAAGAACGGAUUCCUCAAGAAGCUGUCGCUGAGGUUCAAGGACCCCGAGAACACCACAUUGGUCAUCCUUGACAAGUUUGAUGGGAACUCCGAGCUGGUUGCUGAGCUUGUAACAGCGAAUGGUUACAAAGCUGCUUUUGCAGUGAAGGAUGGUGCAGAGGGACGCCGAGGAUGGCUGAGCAGUAGUCUUCCCUGGACAGCUCCCAAGAAGGGAUUCAGCUUGAGCGAUCUAAUCGGGGAUGGCACAGAUGGUUUGCCUGUCACACUUGGGCUUGCUGCAGCUACUGGUUUGGGAAUACUUGCCUACACAGAGAUAGAGACUGUGCUUCAGUUUUUGGGGUCAGCUGCCAUUGUCCAGCUAGUUGCAAGCAAACUCAUAUAUGCUGAGGACCGAAAGAGAACCCUUAAACAGAUCGAUGAUUUCUUCAACAAAAAGGUUGCUCCAAAGGAGCUUGUUGAUGAAAUAAAGGAAAUCGGUCAGGCUCUGCUGCCUUCUACUGGUACCAAGAGCCAACCAGCAAUCACAGAAGCUGCUCCAGCAACAGCAGAAGCUGCUCCAGCUGCCGCCACAGCUACCGCUGCACCACCGGCAGCACCGGUAGAAGAGACCAGUACAGAGGCAGCUCCUGCAGAGCCGACACCUCUUUCACCAUAUACAAAUUAUCCGGAUCUCAAACCACCAUCCUCCCCUUCGCCACUGGCACCGGCUGAGGCGACUAAAAAUGAGUCGGAAUCCGAGAGCGCAGCGACCGAAUCUGCACCUGCAGUUAACUCAGCACCAGUAGCAGAAGCCGCCCCAGAGGCGGCGCCACCUGCAGCUCCGAGACCUCUUUCGCCUUACCCGAAUUAUCCAGACCUCAAACCACCAUCGUCGCCUUCACCAUCGGCACCAUAGGCAUAAGUUGCUGAAGACCGAGUUCAUCGUUGAUCUCGACGGCAUAUCUGUACAAGAUAUAUAUUACCAGGCCUAGAGGAGAUGGAAUCGAGCUGUUUAUAUGAUAUCAAAAGGAAGAGUGUUUUGUUGUAUCAAUAUUUAGUCCGAUCCUUAUAUUAUCUCAUUGGGGGGCAAGUUUUUUUUAAGUACAUCUUUGGGUAUGGUGUAUCCAGUUGAUGCGUUCUGAUUUUUCGUUUUGUUUUUCAUCUUUUUGCACCUGUAAAUGUGGGAUCACUAGCACUAAAAAGAGUUCAUGUCCUGUACUAUACUUGACAUGCUUGACGUGUAAAUCAUCAGCUCAAAUGGAUGACAAAACAUGAUCUGGAUAGAGUCCAGUUGUGAAGCAAAAGUAUGUUUUUCAAGGAUUUCAAAAUUUUCAA